AUGAGCGGACCUCCUCCGCCUCCACCGCCUCAUGGCGAGUCUCCCAAGACCACUGCUGGCACCCCUCCGCCCGGCAGUGGCCUGGGUCCCGGCAAUUACGACAUCUUCGUCAUUCCCCAGCGCGAUAAGGGCGGCGGCUUCAUCUACCUGCCCUCUCUCGCCCCUAAUGGCCCCAGCUUCGCGGCCGGCUUCGCCUGCGCCCUCGUCAUGGUCGUCAUGUUCCAGAGCAUGGCGCCCGCCUUCCGCCAAUGGUGGGGGACGUACCAGGGCAUGGGAAAUAUGGGAAUGUCCCUCUUGGUCAUCGCCGUCGGCGUGGGAGCCUGGGCAUGGGGUAAGUCGCAGGCCCAGCCCUCUUCGAAUGGAGGCAACGGCCCGGGCAACGGCGGCUACCGUCCUGGCCCUGGCGGAUACGGCACCUACGCGGGCAGCGGCAACUUCGCCGGCGGCUUCCCCGGAGCCGGUGCGCCCCCGCCCCCUCCACCUCACGGCAACCAAAACGGCCAUCCUUCCGGCGGUCCUCCUCCCAACUACGGGCCGGGAAACGGGGGGCCUAGGUCUUCCUGGCAAGAACGACCACAACAGGCCCCUCCCCCGCCACCCCGUCAACCCGAACCGGAACCGUCCCCUUCUCCCGAGCCCGAGCCCGAGCCUCGGCGGCCUGACCCUCCUCCGAAGCCCAAGGCCGCGCCAAAACCUGAGCCCAAGCCUGAGCCGAAGCCUGAACCGAAACCGGAGCCUAAACCCGAACCAAAGCCUGAGCCAAAACCGGAUCCACCAAAGCCUCCUCAAAAGUCACACUGGGAGAAGGCCCGCGAGGAGACGAGAAAGCGCGAAGAGGAGCGCAAGGCCAAGGAAGAGGAGGAGAGGCGCAAGGCCGAGGUAGCCCGCAAGCUGAAGGAAUUCCGCGAGAGGGAGGCUCGUGAGCGCGAGCGCCGAGCCAGAGAGGAACGCGAGAGAAGAGAGAGGAUCGAGCAGGACAUUCGCGAAAAGGAAGAACUCAAACAGAAGCUCGAGAAGGAACGCCAGGAACGAGAGAAGCUCCAGCGCGAGAAGGAAAAGGCUGAGCAGGAAGCCAAGGAGGCGAGAGAGCGCGCGCUGAAGGAAGCCAAGGAGCGCGAGGACAUGGUCAACAAGGAACGCCAGGCUAAGGAGCGCGAGGAGGCGCGCAAAAAGGAAGCCGCUGAGGCCGCCGCCCGAAAAGCUCGUGUUGAGGCCCAGCUGGAAGCCUUUCGGAAAGCCAAGAGGGAGCGUGAGGAGGCCGAGAAGGCCAAAAAGGACCGCGAGGAGGCCGAGAAGAAGAGGGCCGCAGAGGAGGAGGCAGCCCGUAAAGCAAGUGAAGAGGCGGAAGCAGCGCGCAAAGCCAAGGAGGAGGCGGAACGCAAGGCCAAAGAAGAGGCAGACCGCAAGGCCAGGGAGGAAGCAGAACGCAAGGCCAAGGAAGCAGAAGAGGCCGAGAGGAACACUCGCAAGGGAAGUAGUUACGCCUUCUCGUCGGUCGGCGAGAAGACGAGUAUGUGGCCCAACGGCCGACCUCCUGCCCCUCCCACGGCGGCUUCGACGCCACCGAGACCUCCCCCGUCCGCGUCCUCCGCGUCCUCCGCUCCCCCCAGACCUCCUCCCUCACACAGCUCUGCUCCUCCAAGACCUCCCCCUUCAAACAGCUCUCCCAGGCCUCCCCCGUCGACGAGCUCCGUGCCGCCGCGACCGGCACCCUCCACAGCCUCCUCCAACACCACGAGACCGCCACCGAGGCCGUCAGCGCGAACAGUCGACGAAGACCAGUACUCGUACCGACCGUACGACAAACCGAAGCACAAGCCGGCGUCGUCCGUCGGCUCCGAAUCGUCGUGGGCCCCGUCGGCCACCACGACGCGAACGACGCCACCGCCUAGCAUGCGCGGCCCUUACACGACGAAGGACCCCGACAAGAUCGUCAUCCGGGCCGUCUACCUGUUCAUGAACCAGUUCGCCAAGACCCCCGCGAGCCAGCUCGUGUCGGGGUUCGGCACGGUGACGGAUGGACUGAUCCUGCGGAUAACGACCGAGGGCCUCUUCAUCGACGACGACGUCCGCGGCGUCCCGCAACGCGAGUGGGACGUCAAGGCCUGGACGCUAAAGCUGGUCGAGGUAUGGUGCCCCCCGCACUGCUUGAAUUCCGCUGCUGCUGCUUCUGCCCCGUCGAAUUCCGCGAACCACCCCUCUGGCCUGUUUCAAAAGAUGGCGAAUCAGCGCGCCCGCACGGCGGACAGGGGCGCCACCAAGAUGCUCACGGGCGACGAGGCUGAUGCCUACCUGACCGAAAUGCUGCGUGCCUGCAAGAGUUGCUGUCGUCUUGGCUUGUGCGACACAAAGUUCAAAGAUACUAACUUCCCAUCUUCGGCCGGACAGACUGGGGAGUGGAGGGCCAAGAGCCUCCACGUUCUGCGCGCGACGAUCCGCGACCAGGAGGGCAAGCGCUACAUGUUCGUGCUCGACGAGGAGGAGGCCUGGAAGGUCGCCGUCGGCGUGCAGAGGCUGCGUAAGGGCACCCAGGUACGCUCGCUGGGCGUCAGCGGCAUGAGCGCCUCGGACGCGAGGAACACGCUCGAGACGCUGGGCUGGAGUUGA